AUGUCGUUUUCGUCCUCUUCACCAAGACUUUGUGUUAGGUAUUCCGGUAGAGAAUUGCCAAAGGCGGAAAUUUCGACUCUUUAUGUGUCUCUUCAGCUGUUGUUUGAAGAUGGUGUUGCAGUAACAAGGUCUUUCAGGGAAAGAGUGUUUGCACAUCAAGGACGGGGUCUGUCUGGAAACUAUCAACAUGGGAAUAAAGUGGAUGGUGGCUGGAGUGAGUGGAACUCCUGGAGUAUCUGUACCAAAACAGUUGGUGGUAUACAAACAAGAAAGAGAGAAUGCACCAACCCAGAACCAGGACGUUGUGGGAAACACUGCGAUGGGACCGGAGCACUGUUGAGAGUAUGUAGCAACAUGUCCAGUUGCCAAGAAGAAUUUCCCCUGCGUUUUGAAACAGUGAAGAACCCAUCUGUCGGUACAAUGGAGAUAUUCUCAAACAGCAGCUGGCAAAAGCUUUGUACCAGUCAAUGGGAUGAAGCAGAUGAAAAUUCAACCUGCAUGGCCAUGGGCUACUAUAACAACGGUGCUAAUGACACAUGGUACGCAGAACGUGGCAAUGCUACAGAGAUGUCCACCCACUACAACUGCACCAUUCCCACCAGAUGUCAAAACGACUUGGAAAAGAAACAACAAUUUUGCAAAGUUCCUGUUCGCUUGAAUGGCGCAAAUGUGGAGUAUGGAGGAAGAGUGGAAGUGUUUUACCAGGGGAAAUGGGCAAAGAUAUGUAGGAAUAAAUGGGACUUUGACGACGUCAAAGUUAUUUGUCGUCAACUUGGCUUUGAAGAGGCGUUGGCGGAAUUCAUUGGGCCAGACAUAAAGGCUGAGGGAAUACCUUUUGCAAUGUCCGAUGUCUCUUGCACCGGAGAAGAGUUUGAACUUGCAUCAUGCGAUCGCAUUGAUGGAAAGUUAAAUAUUCCACCUCAAUGUCAAUCGGAUGACAAGGGUUCUCAAGCGUUGUGUCAACCAAAGAACAAGAAUGUGUUGGAAAGAGUUGAACUCUAUUUUGAUAUUGGUAGCGGAGAAAAGCUUCGCUGCUCUAUACACAAUGAAACCAAUUAUGCUAGAUGGGUCAUCAAUGGGGUAAAGCUUGAAAUAACAAACUCUACUUCUCAAAGGAUCAGGGCUGGAGACAAUGGUGAUCUGUUCAUCGAUGAUGUACAGCUGUCUGAUGGAGGAACAUAUGAAUGCCAGAGAUUGGAAUAUGUUCAAUAUUACAUUGUCUAUAUUAAUGCAAGAUUUACUGAGAAGACGUUGAGCCAACAAACCUAUAUUGCGUCCGAGUCUGGCAUUAUAAGCUGUAGUGCUGAUGGAAAACCAAAUCCACAGAUUUCUUGGAGUAAGGAAGGAGGAAAGUCCUUAGACCCGACACGAUUCACUCAAUUAUCCAACGGUAGCCUGCGUAUUGGUUUUGUAAAGCCUGAAGACGAUGGAACAUUCACUUGUACCAUGACACAAACUAAAGGAGCGAAGAGGGUCACAAGCAACGAUAAAGACAUACGAGUGAGAGUUAUAAGUGAGUGA